AUGCAUCGCUUGCUUCGAAGAGAAAGAGUGAAGCCAACAAAUCCCUACAUCAACGGAUGGAGGUUUACUGUGCGGCAGCAUAUUGCCCCUCCUCCUACCCCAAUGACAGAUUCGUUCGGCUUGAAUGACAAGACUGGAACGAAGGAAAGAAGGAAGCUUCAUCCGGUCCAACGAUGCAUAAAGCACCCCCCACUGCAAGGAGCUGACGGACCUUUUAGUGUUGAGUUACAAAUUUGCAAGAUACUACAGGCUGGCAAUGCUCAGUUGGUUCUCGUUGAAGUCAUUAGUGACGUGCCCUUAAAAGGCUUGGAAAAGGGAAAGCGAGUGGUGGCAAAGAUAUAUGACCCUUUGUACCUGGAUGAUGACAGCGGCUUUUAUGACCCUUUUAUGUGUGUUGACAAUCACUACACGCACGAAGUCGCUGUAUACAUGGCAUUUUCAGACGUCCAGGGCUCUAUGAUCCCCGAAUAUUAUGGAUCGUUCUCCUUGGGAGUGCCUGUUGACGUAUCUACUACACGCAAUGUUCGUCUUAUCCUCAUUGAAUACAUACCUGGGGCUUCUAUGCAAAAUAUUUCUCCCAAAGAAGUACCGCAACGAGAUCGACAGAAUAUCAUGAAGGCUAUUAUCCAAUUCGAAACUUUGGCGUACACCCGGGAUAUUGUUCUCCUAGACCUCCAGCCGAGAAAUGUCAUGGUGGCCAAUAGUUCUACUCACGAAAAAGCCGUUUGCAUUGAUUUUGGCGACGCACUCUUCGGUCGCGGGAGUGUUUUCAACAGUCCCGUGAUUGACGCGUAUCUCCUCCCAGAAUCGGGUGUCGGACAUUGUGCGAAUAUAAUUGGCUUGUUGCACACCGGAAUGGCAUCGUUGGGCCAGUUAUAA